CUUAAAGCCUAUGCCUUAUCUCAGGAUUAUAUUGGGGUCCUUGCUGCCGAUCCUUAUAGUGUUGAAAGUCUUCAGCAACCAUGAUUCGGCUUGCAUUUUGCUUGUCGUUGGCACUUCUCGUGUAUGCGGCUGACGAGGCUCCAAAAGAAAGAAUUUUUGGAGGUGGUGGCCUAGGAGGACUAUUCGGCGGCGGCAAAAAACCGUUGGGCCCAGGACCAGGACCUAUAGGAGGAGGCGUUGGUCCCAUUGGUGGAGGACCUCUUGUAGGCGGCGGACCUCUUGGCGGCGGCGGUUUCGGUGGAGGAAUUGGUCCGAUCGGAGGCGACUACGACGACUUGGGACUUGGUGGUGACUUUGGUGGCGACUUGGGUGCUGGGGGCUGCAAGCAUUUCUGCAAAUCCCCAACCGGUAAAUAUGUCUGUUGCCCAACCAAUGGCCCUAAGCCUGGCGAAUGCCCCCCUGUGAGACCUACAUGCCCCAGGAUCAACGCACCGAAAUUGUGCAUCACCGACUUCGAAUGCUUCGGUGUCGACAAAUGCUGCUUCGAUAAUUGCCUUAAGGAGAGAGUCUGCAAGCCACCCCAUCCGUACAAAUAAAUUUUAACCAUGAUGGCUAAAUUCAAGGAUGAUCGAGGAGGAACUUAUACCUUUUUGUCGUGACAACCACAGGAUUUGCGUGCAUGAGACCUCAAUGACUUCUAAUAAAAUGAAUGAAAAUUCA